AUAAUAACAAUAAUAUUAUUAAUAAAAUCCACAAUCUACACACACAACACAAAAAAGUAAACUAGCUGCAUUAAACUUUUGUCAUGCAAAGACUGAAUGUAAAUUUCUCCCUGAUCUGUGAAAUGGAAAGCUAUAAUUGUAGUUGUGUUUGUGAAGGUCGUUGGCAUUGUCAUAUUGGUUGCAUAAUGGGAUAAUUUCAGCAGCAAUAUGCUCUGUUCUCCCAUCAGCUACAGCUGUUUCCAUGGCAACUUGGACGGAGAAGCUUUCUCAACCAAAACCCAACCGCCUCAGAUAUCCAGACCGUCGUUCUGUUUACUGGCUGGACAAGCUGCCACCAGAGAAGACUGGAUCCACCAACAAAACUGAGUUGACCCCUCGCUGGUCGGAGCUAUGUAGAAGCAAAAAGUUCUACACUCAAGUCGCGCUUUCUCCCAUAUGGGAAGUAAGUGAAUGGGCUCUCAGGGCUGUUGCAUCCAAUCGGCUGUGUAGUCUGGCUCAACCUCAGGCCCCCACAGUUGUCUGGCAGCCAAACCGCCCGCCGCUGGUCCCUUUGAACAGAGCCACGCAGACGGCAGUCGCCACUACACGAAUUUGCCAGCUUGCCCAACCAAAACAAAGGCUGGUUCAUCAGGGCUCUGGCCACAAAUCUAAACCUGUACCCAUGAUUCACCUACCCUGCAAAGCAUCGGCACACAUAGAGCUCCUCGCUACCCCUAAGCAUGACCACCCCAAGUUUGAAGGAGAGCGCUCAGUUUGCUGGCUUGUCUCCAAGGCAGCGAGAAACUACUCAGCCAGCAAGAGAAUUCAUGAGCUGUCCAGUCCCAAAGACAGGAAGGUGCCGUUUGAGGGAUACGACCCGUACAUAGUUAGCCAGGCAGCCCGCUCUGCCAGCCCCUCGCCUCGGAUACUACAGCUCUGUCUGCCUAUGCCUCGCAAAUGUAGCUCAAACUAGGAAUGAUGAGGUCUGAUCCCCGGGGAAGUGUUGUUUGUUCCUCACUGUGAUGAAGUUGUUUCCAUGGAAAAUCAUGACUAAAGCCUAUUUCUUGCUCUGUUACAUGAAUGUACACAUUCAUUUAAUUGUAGUGCAGCAUCCUACUGUAUAUGACCUUGUUUACUGGUAUCUGGAAACUACAAUUUGUUCUUCUUCUGCCCCACUGCAGUAAAGAGCAACCCUUCAGUU